AUGGAGGCUAGUAGUAAUCGAUUCCCAAUUGUAAAUGGAAACGAACCCCAACAGCAAACGGCAGCACCUACCAAAAUCAGAAACCCUAAUGGAAGAAAGUGUUGAUGGAGAAGACAGAAUAUCAGAAUUGCCUGUGCAUAUCAUUCAUCACAUCUUGUGCUACACCGACCUCAGCUCGCAUGACGGGGCGAUAACUAGUGUUUUAUCGAAGAAAUGGUACUAUUAUUGGCUCUCUAGACCUUGUUUGGUGUUCCGUCAAUUUGAUGGGGAUCUGAAAGAUUUUGUCCCGGUGGUUGAUUGACCGCUACAAACCCAUGUCGAACACAACUUAAAUCUUACAAAAUUCUUCAUGUCAUAUUGGGAUCGAGAAUUGGAUCCUUAUUUGGAUCGUUGGAUUGAAUCGGCUGUUAAAGUUGAUGUUGAGUUUAUUGUGAUUCAUGUUCCGGAUAUUGAUUCGUCGCAUUAUAGCUUACCUGAUGCUUUUUAUAAUGCGUAGAAGAUGGAUGCACUGUGGUUAAGCAAUUGCAAGUUUGAAUUUGAUAUUAGCACCACUUGUAUAAGAUUUUGUUGUCUGCGCGAGGUUUGUUUGCAUAAUGCUUAUAUUUCAGAUGCUCAAAUGCGAAGUGUUUUAGAUAAAUGCCCAUCCAUCAGGAGCUUAACUCUAAUGUCUUGCAAAGGUAUGAGCAAAUUGUAUGUUGUUGGACGGUUACAUCUAGAUUUUUUGAAUAUAUCAUCAUGCAAACUCGAUAGUGUGAUUGUCCAAGCUCCGAAACUUGGGCGCUUUAAAUAUACAGAAGAACAUACUGAUCAGGGAAAUCAUCAUCCUUGCGAAAUUGCUAUUUUGGAGGUUAACAAUACUUUACACACACUAGAGCUCAAUGGUGCCAGCAUCACAGACCAACAGUUUCGAGAUAUGUAUGACAAGUUCCCAAACAUUUCAAGCUUGUAUCUAACAAGCUGCAAUAAGCUGAAAUGUGUAGAGAUUCAGAGUGCAAAACUCAAGAAAGUCAACAUAUUUAAGUUUGAGAGUAUAGAAAGAAUGACGAUUGAAGCUCCAAAUUUGUUGCAAUUUAAUUUUGAGGGUGAGAAAAUGCCCAUCUUAUCUCUGGGACCUUCUCUUGAAAGUGUCCGACUCAAUUUCUUCUUGCCAAGUACAGUAAUAUCAAACUUUGGAGAUAUGGAUAGCAGUUGGUACACAAACCUUAAUCACUUUGUUCAAAACUUCAACUAUUCUGAAGGUUUGAUGUUAAUAGUAUAUUGCCAGGAGACCUAUAACAUCCUUUUUUAUGAAAAUACAAGCGAAAUAUUUAUUCCACCAAGUCGUAAUGUCGGGAUAUUCAUUGUACCCAUCCGGAUCAUUGAAUUGCUCAUGAUAUCGAUAUUGAUCAACCGUCCCAGCAUCAUAUCCAUACUUCCAUGUACAGAUAGCAAAGCACUCCAGGUGUUUCCUGCAUUAGAGCGGUGUAUUCAUAAUCAGAAUUGUGGUAACGAAUGUCCAUUAAGUACCACUUUUUUACACAAGUAUCGUGUAUUAGAAGAAGUCAUCAGUUGUACUGGGACAUCUGAGGAGGAAAUGACCUCCAUUUGGUAUACCUGGUUGAAAUCUACGCCUCUAAUUGACAAAGUGAAUAGUUUCAUGUUCAAAUGGAAAAAACAAGCUUAGACCGAAGAAUCUUGGGGAAUUCAUCAUACAGUGUUUAUUAGUGUGUUCAGAAUAAAGUUCAGUUAAUCAACUGGUGGCUCUGUCAAAUCCAUGAAAGGUUCUUUAACCUUGCUCUAGCUCUAAAUAAAUUGUGCUCAAAUAUGUGGUUUACUUUCGUUUGUUGGAUUUUUACGGGAUGAAGUUCAACUGUUAACCAACAGCAUAAGAGGUCUUCAUUUCAUUUUUUUGUUCCUGACUGCCUCUUCUUCACAUUCCAUUCGAUUUCUCUCAUGCUUAGACUACUUGGAGGUGAUUAAAAAGAAGUGAGCACUUGAGGUAUAUAUAUGUAAUGAUGGAUGCAUAUGCCUCCUACUUGUUCUGAAAUCUGAAGUAUAAUAUUUGAAGUGUAAUAUGUUUCUAAUGUAUAAUUUUCUUUGUCAUCUGAUUUAUCAUUAUCAAGAUUUUCAAUUAUUAGCUUC